AAUGCUUUUUUUCUGCCUAUUGCGCCUCGCCUAAACGUCGCUGUUCCGGUAUCCACCUUUCUUGACGAUACCUCUACACACGAUGUUGUUCUUGACACACAAGAAUACGGCUCGAGUAUCACCACGAACGUUAUUAAUCCUGUCGCUAGAACUUCUCUGGCGGAUUCUUUGGAUCUUUCUGUAGGAAAUGAGGCGAAAGCCCAGUGUAAUCUUCUUGGUUUGCUAUCAUCUUCUUUGUUUGAUGAUUUAGAGACUUCGCAAAGGCCAAACUGUGCUAAACCUAACUCAUCUUCCUCUAGCCUUGUCGGCAAAUCUUUUUCUGGUGUUUUAGUUCGAGAUUCAGAUGUUGGAAUUAGUAAAUCUUUACCACUUUCAAGCAGCUCUCUUGCUCGAGUUGAUCCAAGUGAUCAAGAGGAAAGUGAUGAUGAUGAACUAUCGGGUCAACAAGUAACUUCUGAAGUCGUUAUUUUGCCUGAGAGCAUCGUAGCUGUCCAGGAGAGCUGUUUAAUAGAGGGGUCUUCAGUGAUGGAGGAUGAAAAACUUGCCUCUUGCAAGUAG